CCCUUCUCCCCUGCCCGUCCGUCCGUCCGCCCGCCCGUCCUCUCUCCGUCCGCGCGGCGCCCCCCCGCGGCCCGCCAUGGCGGCGUUGUCGGCGGCGGCGCUGGGGUGGCUGCGGGGCCUCCCGCCGUGGGCCCGGGGAUUCCGGGCCGUGGCUCCGGCCGGGACCAAGACGGCGGGAGGAAGAGGAGGAGGAGGAGGAGGAGGAGCCGGAGCCCGCCAGCCUAGGCCAUGGAGAGGGUGGCCCUCGCCCCGCACACCCGUCCUGCUCCGCUUCCUGACCACCGCCGUGCCCCCGCCUCCGUCCGCGCCCAAGGGCCGCCGCGGCCCCUCCAAGCCGGGGCCCGUGUCUUGGAAGUCCUUGGCCUUGACGUUUGCCGUCGGGGGAGCUUUGCUGGCUGGGAUGAAGUAUUUCAAGAAAGAGAAGACGGAAAAGCUGGAGAAAGAGCGGAGGCGUGCGGUGGGGAAGCCGCUGCUGGGCGGGCCCUUCUCCCUGGUGGACCACCACGGCCACCCGCGGACCGACCGGGACUACUUGGGCCGCUGGCUGCUCGUCUACUUCGGCUUCACGCACUGCCCGGACGUCUGCCCCGAGGAGCUGGAGAAGAUGAUCCAGGUGGUGGACGAGAUCGAUGACAUCCCGACUCUUCCGGACCUCACGCCCCUCUUCAUCACGAUUGACCCGGAGCGAGACACCAAAGAAGCCGUGGCAAAAUACGUCCAAGAGUUCUCCCCGAAGCUGGUGGGCCUGACGGGCGCCGCGGAGCAGAUUGACCAGGUGGCCCGAGCCUACCGAGUCUACUACAGCCCCGGCCCCAGGGACGACGACGACGACUAUAUCGUGGACCACACGAUCAUCAUGUACCUGAUCGGGCCGGACGGGGAGUUCCUGGACUACUUCGGCCAGAACAAGAAGAAUUCCGAGAUCGCCGGAUCGAUCGCCGCCCACAUGAGGGACCGCAGGAGGAAAGCGGGCACCGGGUGAAGGCCGCCCGAGGAGGACGAGGAGGAACGCCGGACGACGGCCGUCCGGAUCGGUCCUCUCCCGGGCCGGCUGGGAUGAGACCACCGCGGUGGGGAUUGUUGGGCCGCCCCCUCGGACGCUCACGGAGGCGGAGGACCCGGCUCUCAACUGACCGCCCGACUGACCGACGACAGAGCAUCCUCGCCCUGCCCACCGACGGCUCCGGCCUGGACAUUUCCACCCAUCUCCUUCGCCUGCUCCCUCUCCCGUCUGCUAAUAAAUAAAGGAGCCCCGGGGGGGGAUUCAUUCAUCAUCAUCA